AUCCAAUCGCGGAGGAUGGAACAGGAGCCUAUAGGAACUCCCCGUGUCGAGUCAGGCCCAAGAGGCGGAGGGGGGAGUAGCACGGGGAGGGCUCGGUCUGUAUGUGGCACUGAGCGGCUUGUCCCUGCUCCCUGGCUCCUCGCAGCCCCCGGACUAGGGAUGGGUUGUUUCUGCGCAGUCCCGGAGGAAUUUUAUUGUGAAGUUUUGUUACUGGAUGAGUCCAAGUUGCCUUUAACCAGCCAUCAGCACGGGGUGAAGUGCGAUCUGACAAAUCCAUCAAAUUAUCGUGAGGCUAGUGGGCACAGAAUGAUCGUGCAUCUAUUGAUUUUUCGGCGGACAUGGGUCAGAAGAUCAGUCGGUCAGAAGUCAACGAAAGGCUCUGUUCUCCUGGACUACGCGUUCCGUCACCUAAAUCUCGUGGAGAUAGAUUACUUUGGGCUACGUUACUGUGACAGAAAUCAUCAGACGUAUUGGCUGGAUCCUACAAAGACAAUUUCAGAACACAGAGACUUGAUCAGUACCGGACCUCCCUACACUCUCUAUUUUGGUGUUAAAUUUUAUGCUGAAGAUCCUUGUAAAUUGAAGGAAGAAAUAACAAGGUAUCAGUUCUUUCUGCAAGUGAAACAGGAUGUUCUGCAAGGACGCCUGCCAUGUCCAUUUAAUAUUGCUGCUCAGUUAGGAGCAUAUGCUAUCCAGUCUGAACUUGGGGACUAUGAUCCAUUUAAGCAUGUCUCUGGUUAUGUGUCGGAAUACCGUUAUGUGCCUGAUCAGAAGGAGGACUUGGAAGAGGCCAUUGAGAGGACGCACAAAACAUUAAUGGGGCAGGUGCCUGCUGUAGCUGAGUCAAAUUAUUUAGGAGUUGUCAAAUCCCUUGAAAUGUAUGGAGUGGAUCUUCAUCCUGUUUAUGGGGAUAACAACUCUGAAUACUUUUUAGGCCUGACUCCAGUAGGACUGGCUGUGUACAAGAAUAAAAAGCAAGUUGGAAAAUAUUACUGGCCAAAAAUUACAAAGAUACAUUUCAAAGAGACACAGUUUGAAGUACAAGUCCUCGGAAAAGAUUGCACUGAGACAUCAUUCUUUUUUGAAACAAGGAAUAAAGUUGCCUGUAAAAAUCUGUGGAAGUGCUGUGUGGAGCAUCAUACUUUCUUCAGGAUUCCAGAUAAUGAUUCUAGUGCACUGUCAAGGAAACUGAACAAACUUGGUUCUCUGGGGUCCAGGCAUCGCUACAGUGGUAGGACUGCUUAUCAAAUGAGCAGAGACCUCUCCAAUCAACUGCCACGGCCUGACCAAAGAGUGGAGAGGAGUCGGAGUAAAACUUACCCCAAAAGGACAGCACUCGCGCGGCAGCCAGGAUCAAACAAUGUAGAACAGGUAACUACAAAUUUGGAACAGGGCGACAAGGAAGGCACCUCAAAAGUUAUUGCACCAUCUCCUGUUAAAAGCUCCAAGAAAGCAAAAUGUGAUACAAGCACAGAUACUAAUAAAAGCAAAACAAGUGCACCAUGGGAAGAAAAUGGCACUCCUAGUGGACUGUAUAAUUCUCCUACUGACCGCAACAAAUCACCAAAGUUCCCAACUCCCCGCCAUCGUAACCAUUCCGGUAGUGAUAAUGAAACAGGACAACUGGCGAGAAGGAAAGGACAGUGCAGUGGUGAUGAUGCAGAUGUAAAGCACAGAAGAAGAUCACGGUCUCGUUGCAAUACAAGUAGCGGCAGUGAAUCUGAAAACUGCAACAGAGAACACAGGAAGAAGAGAAACAGGUUACGGCAGGAAAAUGAUAUGGUCGAUUCAGCCCCUCAGUGGGAAGCCGUUUUAAGAAGACAAAAGGAGAAGAACCAGGCUGACCCGAACUACAGAAGAUCCAGGCAUCGAUCUCGAUCGAGGAGCCCAGACGUGCAAGCAAAAGAAGCGUUAUGGAAGCAUAUUCAGAAGGAACUGGUUGAUCCCUCAGGCUUGUCUGAUGAACAAUUAAAGGAAAUUCCAUACAUGAAAAUAGAGACGCAGGGUGACCCCAUCCGUAUCCGCCACUCCCAUUCUCCCCGCAGCUUUCGCCAGUAUAGACGAUCUCAGUGUUCUGAUGGGGAGAGAUCAGUACUAUCAGAAGUCAAUGCAAAAAACGACCUUGUUCCUCCUCUAACUGUGACACGUGCCUCAGACACUCAUGGUUCAACUGGGCCUCCUGCACAACACAAAAGAGCGGGGUCCAAGGAGAGCAUCAUUGAGUCCAGUGUUUCUCCUCUCAGCAGAGAUACACAGCACAGUGCAGAAACCACAAAAACCACACAGGCCUCACGUCUUAAAACAGAAACCUGAAUGUGGGAGAUAAUGAUCAUCCAUCUCCAAACAUAUGAACCUUUGGACAAUAAACUCAAACUGGGUUGGAGAACACUUUAAACAUUAAAUUAUUGCUGCCAGAAUGGAUUGCAUCUUAAUCAUACAAACAAGGAAGCUAUUACAGGGACAAUGGAGGACACAUUGCUGUGCAACUACAUCGCAGCGCUUUGUCCUGAGUUCAGUUCCAACCAUAGGACUAUGAACAAAGUAUGUGUUCUUCCAUACAGGCAGAUUGGCUCUUGAUGAAACCAAGCCUAACCUAUGUGCAUGAGUUUGAUUUCAACCAGAAUUACUAGCUGAGAUUAUAAACUCUGGUUGGACAGGGACUGAUGUGAAUGAAAAGCAAAGCCAGUAAAAAAACUGCAUAACAUAUUGGCACUAUAAACAAGGGGUAAUUAUAAUACUAGAAGGCUACUGGCUGGUUUGCCAAAUGAGAAAACACAUUUGCUGCUGUUCUUGGCAUUUUUAAGUGUAUGAUGCACUUUCUAUCACCACAUGGACUUCAUAUUCAGUUCCACAAGCCUUUUGUUCUUGGUCACUACCGUGUUUGAGGAUUAAAUGUUGGACACAUGAUAAGAUGCUUCUCAGCUUUUAGCGCACAAAGGCUCAACUGCCUUAAUUUUCACUCAUUAUAAGCAACACUCUCGGUUAAACUGGCAUUUCCAUUUUCUGGGGUUGGGGGAUAUUUUAUCUUGCAGUAUUAAAAACUGAAGUAUUUAAAAAUAAAAUACCAGCCAAAAUGAAAA